UCGCCUGCCGUCCGCGGCGUUGUUUGUGACCUGCUGCCACUUGUUCAAGUGUGUUUACGAGUUCACGACCUGCUGCUGGAGACGGAGGGUUGCGCACUGGAGGCCCGCGUCUGACCGCUGCUGUUAGCCGGCUAGCUUCCUGGGUCUGCCCCGAGCGUUCGGCUCCAGCCCCAUUAGCGUCCCGCUCACUCACUUGGAUCCAUUAAAUCGUGUGUUUUGUGUGUUCGGUGUCGCUGACAUGUUCGUCUCCGCGAAUAAACUUGGAGUAGUGACGUGAAUGCUACGUGACAGCCGGGCUCGUUAGCUCGUUAGCCGCGCUAACGCUACAAACUACGUAAACAAGUUUGUUUGGACACAAAACGUCGGAGCCGUAGUUUCACCGCUGUCGAUGCCCCUUCACCCGGUGCUCGUCUCGUUCGCAUGCGGCCGUCAAUUGUUCACUGACAGGCAGCUAAAAUGGCUAUCAACUGCAGCUGAACUUCUCGGGAGCAGUGCAGUGACAUUUCGCUCCGCAGUCCGACUGUGAGAGACCCGAGCACCAUCGCGUCCUUCCUUGUUUCGAGAGCAGUCGUGGAACAAACGUCAGCAUACAUUUCGUCUGAUUUGACCAUUAAAAACAAAGGUGAUUUACUCGCGAAAGGGUUAUUUGGUGAAGCAGAAUGACGCUGUUAAACGUCAUGUGUUUACAGUGUCGGGGUUUGAAAAGACAAUAUCAUUGCGGCUUGAGAGUGGCGAGAACAGCGUGUCAUCUGGCGAAACCUUUCAGCGAAGCAUCUUGGCAACAAGUGGGUUGUCUGUGUUGCUUAGUUCCAGGUGCUUACCUUCACGCCUGAUGUUUUCGGGAUGUCAAUAGGUCACAGAUUUUUAUGUAGAUUAAUUGCACUGAAGCCGUGAUAACUCGCGAUGAUUAGAAAAUUAAGCAGACUUUUAAUACGUACUAACUUAAAGGACGGAUUUCCUCAUGUAAACAUUUGUCCACCCCGACAGAUGCUGUCAUGAAUGUUCUUUAAGAGGCUGAAAGCAUAGGAUUGAAAGCAUGUCAGAGUUAAUAAACUCUUCCUUCAACCUCCAUUUAGAACAGAUUCAACAAGUGAUAUUAAUUUGUGAUUAAUUGUGAGUUAACUCGACAGUAUUAUUCAACGAUUAGUCGUGUGAAGAACCGCUUCUGUGAGGAGUUUGGGAUGUCCUGGACUGAUGUGAUGUGAUGAUCCACAGUGCAGGAACUGCAUGUGGAGACAAACCGGUAAACCCCAAGAGAUGUGUGGCCUUGUGUGAUGCAAACGGAGGCCACACCAGACACUGUUUUGUGUGAAAACUGGGUGCAAUCUGACACCCUUUUACACACUAUUGGGUCUGUUGUUUGCAUUUCUUCUUUGUUGUGAGCCUGAAUGUGAUCACUUUUUGUUGCUGUAAAUUUGGAUCUCCAUGCCAGAACAGGUGUUGGAGAAAUACCCAAACACACCGAUGAGCCAUAAAGAAAUCCUGCAGGUGAUCCAAAGAGAACGGCUCAAAGAAAUCAGCGGAACCUCGCCUCUGGCGUGUCUCAAUGCAAUGCUGCACACCAACUCCCGCGGCGAGGAGGGGAUCUUCUAUAAAGUCCCGGGCAGAAUGGGAGUCUACACGCUAAAGAAGGACAGCUCGGAUGGAGCUAAGGAGCUGUCUGACGAAGGCUCCGAGGAAAGUAGCGACAAUCUCUCGGACUCCAGGUCCUCAGAAAACAACAGCGCCAUCAAUCAAGAGGGCAGGAGAGGACGCUGGAUGCGACGAGUUCCCGCCAACCUGCAGCCGUCGUCUCCGCAGCCCCGCUGCUCCUCGCCCUCCGUGACCUCCGCCAAGAUCAUCUCUCCGUCUCAGAAACACAGCAAGAAAGCUUUGAAGCAGGCCUUGAAGCAGCAGCAGCAGAGAAACCAGCGCAGGCAGGGGGCCAUGCCCACUACCUCCAGCCCCAGACUGCUUCUGAAGACCAUCAAAAACAUGGCGGAGAACAUGGCCAGCAAGAGCGAGUUGUGUCACUCAGUCAUCCCCAGGAAGGCGUCUGCCAGAUCCAGUCGCCUGAGUCCAGGGCACCUGAGACGCAGCAGGUGUCAAAUCGACGUGGAGACGCCAGAUUCCAUUCUGGUGAACACAAACCUGCGGGCCAUCAUCAACAAGCACACCUUCUCUGUCCUGCCGCCAGACUGUCAGCAGAAGCUGCUGAAACUUCUGCCAGAGGUUGACCAACAGGCCUGCAUGGAUGGCCUCCUGAAGGUCACCAGCUCUGCCUUAAAUAAUGAGUUCUUCACAUCAGCGGCACAGUCUUGGAAGGAACGGCUGGCGGAAGGGGAGUUCACGCCAGAGCUGCAGCUCCGAAUGCGACAAGAAAUUGAGAAGGAAAGGAAAGUUGAACAUUGGAAGGAGACCUUCUUUGAAAGCUAUUAUGGUGAAAAUUCUGGCCUCAGUUUGGAGGAAUCUAAAGAGCUGACAAUGGCUGGAGUGACUGAGAAGCCCGACAGGUGCCAGACCUCCAUUCAGCAGACGGAAUCCUCAGUCAAAGCCUUGCAGGAGAUCAAGAGCAACAAAGACAGCGGCCUGGCAGAUCCUCUCCAAACCACAGCCAAAGAUGGGAAGACGACAAAGGUGCAGGAGCCCUUGAAGGUGCGCCACAGGGAGCCUUUCCCAGCCGCCGAGCCCAUGAGGACUCGACGCUCCCUGUACGCUGAAAACCGUAAGAUCAACGCCGCCACUCAGGCGGCUGCACAGGUGGAAACCUCUACAUCCGACGCAGCACCUGAGCUCGAGGACGUACGGGAGCAGUCGCUUGUCAAAGAGAGUCCUGCGCUUCAGGCCAGUCCAGAGUUAAAAGAGGCUCCGCUGGUGAGUGGACUCAGAGCUUCCCAAGAGAGUGAGGAGGUCAGCUCCGACGGAAGUGCUCUCCAACUGCUCAAAAGAAAGGCCCUCCCCACGGGGUUUGAGGAAGAAGUGACACCAGAGAAGAGGCAGUGUCAGUCCUCAGCAUCUUCAGUCUCCUCAGUGUCUCCAAGUGCAUCUUCUAUAUCCAGCCCAGCAACACCCACGCCACCCAUGAGCCAGAGGGUCCCGCCACUUAAGAUUCCCGUGUCCAGGAUACUUCCGGUCCCUGUGUGCCCGAGCCCACUCUCCCCCAGGAGCUCUCCGGCCGCCGUGCUGUCCAGCCCGGCUCGCACUGGCGCUCGCACUCUGGCUGACAUCAAAGCUAAAGCUCAGCUGGCACGAGCGCAGCGAGUAGCCGCCGCCGCUGGAACCUCCUCCUCCAAGGCAGCGGUGCCGGGCCCUGGACCUGGCGGAGGCAGUGACUCCACCCAACCCUCCCCGUGUCCCAGCCCCAAAUCCCCUCAAGUCACCUCCAGGUUUCCCGUCAGCAGCAGCUCUCAGAUCUGCUCGUCAUCUCCGAGCUGUGGAGGCUCUUUAAAUUCACCUCAGACAUUAAACUCACACAAGACUGACCCCAGGCUGGAAGGUCAGUCUCCUCCAGGACCUGAGCAGACGGGCCCAGGUCCAGCACCACAGCCCGUUCAGGAGGGUCAUGCGGCUGCUGUGAGCAGGACCAGCUCCUGCAUCCCUGCCAACAACCCUCUGGUGACACAGCUCCUCCAGGGAAAAGAGGUUCCUCUGGAGAAGAUCCUUCCAAAACCCUUGGCCAAGAUGGAGAGGAGAAUGACGAACCUUCCCGUGGCCAACAAGGUGAAGCCACAUUCUUCAGCCGCUCCAUCUGCUCAGCCGGAGGAGCUCAGCCUUGCUGGGAGUUCAGACUGCGUGCGGCCACACCGGGAGCUUCCUGAUCAAGAGACUCAGGAGCAGAUCUUACAGACUCUGAUGCAGCGCAAGGUCCUCCUCCAUCAGCCGGCCAGAGGUUUGGAGCCCCGGAGGCUUCAGUACCACGACCACCAAGCAAGUCAUCCUGAGCCUCGCCGCAGGAUUUCACUCGGCCUCUCACGUCGUAAGAAGAUCCCCCGGCCGGCCAUGACGGGACAUUACCUGCUCAACGUCUCCACCUACGGCAGGGCGUCCGAGAGCCGGCGGCUCCAUGGCUUGAAGCGGGAGGGCGAGGGUGCGGAGGAGGGUGUGAAACUGGAGGCCAUGGCAGUGAAGACGGAGCAGCAGGCGGAGCCCGUCACUGCCUCGGACAUAAAGAGGGAACCGGACUCGGAGGAUGCUGAGGCUCCUGGUACGAACCGCGGCGGCGCCACAUUCUCUCAGCUCCCGGAACUCAAACCUUGCAAUAACAAUCUGGGAAAGUCGGAGCCAUACAAGGACCUCAGCCACCAGCAGCCCAUGGAAACACUAGAUAAUCAGGUCGCGACCCGGUGCUUCGGCAGCACGUCUGUACCGCACACCGUGAACAGCGCUGGGGCCGUCUCUUCCACGCCCUUAGCUGACGGCGCCGGCGUCAUGUCUUUCUCCGUCACGGUCACCACCAUUCCUGCCCGCCACGCCUUAGACCACCAGGGGGAGCCCUCACCGGACCAGACCUUCCUGGAGGGCCCCAGCAUGGAGGAGGUGCAGUCGAAAUGCUACUGUCAACUGAAAGCCAUGAUCAUGUGUAAAGGCUGCGGAGCCUUUUGUCACGACGACUGCAUCGGCCCCUCCAAACUCUGCGUGUCGUGCCUGGUGGUCAGAUGAUGACGACGACGACGUCGACGUCUCCUCAUAGAACCUGCCUCGGAUCGUACAACCAGCCUUUGACACCAGCAGACGUCAAACCAGACUGCAAUAACCAACCACCCCGACGUGAGUCUCACCGCAUCCUCCCAGGUUUCCAACCACUGUGCUCCGUUUGUCGUCGCCACCGUGUGGUCGGGGAUGAAACAGCCGAUCCGACGUGUUGUCAAAAAACUCGUGCAAUUUUGUUUGUUGCCACUCAAUCUGACAGUGAUGGCGCUAGAGUUCUGUGAUCUAUUUUUUUAACUAUAAAUCAGUCAGUAGUUGUUUUAUUUUUCAACUGAGAAGAUUGAAUGUUGCUAUUUUUGUAGAGCAUCAAAGAAGCCACGACUGUUGCUGUUUGUAGCCUGACACCCUUUAGGACCGGGCCCAGCCUGUCGGCGAGGAUGGCGCCGCCGACCAUAAUUUGUGGAGAACCUCUUGUGGCAGGGCGAUGCUCCUCAAGGUGAAUAUUUUCUAUACAAGUGUACAUUGUAUAACCGAGCACUCUCAGAUUGAUGACCUUGCUUGAGCCUGGGAAUGAAACUUUGUAAAGAAUUAGCCGAGGAUGCACCUUCAGUGAUGCACUUAAACACCUGGAUAUAAAUGUAUAUAUGAAUAUGAAUGCUGAUAUUAUAUUUACCACUGCCCAGGUCAUGGUCUUAGUCAGUAUCACUUUAACCCCCUCGCGCCUUUUUCGUCUUUAAAGAAGUGCUUUGGCACUAAGAAGCUCCUGAAAUGAAACUUUUUAGAAAAGAAAAACAUCUUCACUUCCUCCUAGAGGCUUUUGUUUUUGGUCUGUAACUUGGCCCCAUUGUAUUGACAGUGAGACCAGGAAUAGAUGAUUAAAUGUUCCGGAUGGUCUGGAUGCACAGAUAUCUUUCAAAUCAUUUCUUUGGCUGCAGCCUGUCACCUUCAGGACGGUCCUCACAGAACACAAUCAAAUCAAUCAAACCACCUCUGUGAGAAAACCUCUAGUAAGAGUCUGCACUUUCCAAGUGCUGUUCUAGUAUGUUUAUUUUUACAAUAGUGUCCAAAUAUAUAACGUUGUGAUGCCCUGAGUCACUAGUGAUGCAUACGAUACAGAAUUGCAUCAAACGGAAAAAGCCAAAGUCCCAUGUUCUGUUUCUUCUCCUGCACUCGAUGAAACUGUAAUAUAUUUGAUUAAUAUAUUUUCUUUUAGAAAGUUAGAUUUUUGUUUUGUUCUGAAAGUCAACAGGGUAAUCAGAGAAUAUAUCGACUGUCAGAUGUGAUUUGUUGUCAUUCACUCCAUGUUCCCCGACAUGAAAAAAGACAAAGCACUGCUUUUCGUCAGUGGACACUUCCAAGUCCUUCUUUUGUUAUAAAUGGGGCUCUAUUUUUGCUCUGCAUGGGGUUUGGGAUCUGCAAUAUAUGACACAGAGCGUUUCUAUCCAGUUGUUGCACAAACAGACUUCCUAUUUAUUUCACUGUGAUGCUGUCUUUCCUAUUGCACAUGUGUGUGGAUUUGAUUUUUUUUUUAGAAACUUAGCCUUAAAGGCAGCUGAACAAUGUUGAUAGAUUCGAACCAGUCAGGUAGUUCAUCCCUGCUCCCAUCGGUGUUCCUCUCCCUCUGCCUGUGUGUGCUUGUCAUCACCCAGUCGAUCUGUCUGAAAUGUCUACAUUUGAACUCAGAGUGAAUGUAAUAUAAGAAUGAACACUUGUAAAAUAUUUUAUCAAAAGCGAUAGACUAUUAUGAAUAAAUCAUGGAAUUACUCGACACAUGUUUUCUGGACUUUAUGAGGACGCGCAGAUAUGAAGGUGUAUUUUUGAAAGACCGCUGCUGUACAGCUUCACGGCAACAAGGUUCGGUUACCACAC